AUGUCCAACCAAAGCACUGUGACAGAGUUUCUUCUCCUGGGAUUCUCUGAUACUCAAGAAUUGCAGAUAUUCCUCUUCAUGGUAUGUCUGGGGAUUUAUCUGGCUGCCGUGGUGGGAAACUUCCUCAUCACUGUGGUCAUAGCUGUCAGCAAGGACCUUCACACCCCCAUGUACAUCUUCUUGAUUAAUUUGUCCAUUUUAGACCUUUCAACCAUCUCUGUCACACUCCCUAAGUCCACGGCCAAUUUUCUGUUGAAUACCACAGCCAUCUCCUAUUCCAGCUCUGAUCUUGCUUUACUCACUGUCAUGGCAUAUGACCGUUACAUUGCCAUAUGCAAAUCUCUUUACUAUGAGACAAUCAUGAAGGAGACUUCUUGCAAGUGCAUGGCAGCCAGUGCAUGGCUCAGCUGUGUCCUGUACUCUGCUCUCCACACUGGGAACAUCUUUUCAUUUCAUUUCUACAAGUCCAACAUCAUUGACCAGUUCUUUUGUGAAGUUCUACAGCUUCUCAAGCUUUCCUGCUCUGAUUCGUACUUCAGUAAAGUUGGAGUUCUUGCACUUCGUCUCCUUUUAGUCCUCAACUGCUUUGCUUUUUUAUGUAUGUCCUAUAUUCAGGUUUUCACUGUGGUCUUGAGAAUUCCUGCCAAGGAAAAACAGUGUAAAGCCUUUUCAACCUGCAUCCCUCAUCUCACUGUGGUCUUCUUGUUUGUUAGCACUGGUUCUUUUGCCUAUCUUAAGCCUGCCUCCAAGAGACUAUGA